CACCACCAUCUCUCACAAUCAAAGAAAGAAAGGAAAAAAAAUCCAGAGAGAAGGAAAUUUCAAUCUCAGAGUGAGAAAAUGUCAGGAAGAGGAAAAGGAGGAAAGGGUUUGGGAAAGGGAGGAGCAAAGAGGCACAGGAAGGUGUUGAGAGAUAAUAUCCAGGGAAUCACCAAACCAGCUAUCAGAAGAUUAGCGAGAAGAGGUGGAGUGAAACGUAUCAGUGGAUUGAUUUAUGAAGAAACUCGUGGUGUUCUUAAGAUCUUUCUUGAGAAUGUGAUUCGUGAUGCUGUUACUUAUACUGAACAUGCUAGGAGAAAGACUGUUACUGCUAUGGAUGUUGUUUAUGCUCUGAAACGACAGGGGAGAACUCUUUAUGGAUUUGGAGGUUAGGGUGUUUGGUUUCAGUUUGGGGGUUUUAUGUAAAGAUAGUAUUAGGGUUUUGGUAAUUUCUCAGUUUAAUUAGUUUACAAUGAAGUAAUUCGAAGCUGUUAUGAGCUUUGAUUUGAUUUGUAAUGCUUUUCAAAUGAAUGGGAAAUUUCAGUUUCUUGGUUA